GCAGCCCCCUGGCCGCCCUCAGGCAGAGGAAGGUGCGGAAAAACCCGGAGCAAAGUGACUCGGGGACCGAGGACAUCCGAGCCCGGGCCGUGCAGGAGAUGCUGGAGCGGAUCCGCACCGGGAUCGUCCUGCGGCCGGCGGGGACCCGGCCAGCCCCGAGCCAGGACUCCGUGGGCAGCAAGAGGAGGAGCGCGGCGCUGGAGCUGCAGGGGAUCCUGGGCGCCCUGCGGAGGCCGAGCCGGAGGCGCAGCCGGCAGAGCCGGGAUCGGGAUCAUCGGGAUCAUCGGGAUCAUCGGGAUCAUCGGGAUCAGGGAUCGGCCCCGGAGCUGGGAUCCAUCCUGGAGCGGCGCCGCCGGGCCCUGGAUGCGGCUACGGGGGAUUCCCUGGGGAAUUCCAUGGGAAAGCAGCCCGUGGGGAAUUCCAUGGGAAACCCGUCUGUGGGGAAUUCCAUGGGAAACCAGUCCAUGGGCACCAAUUCCAUGAGGAAUUCCAUGGGCACCAAUUCCAUGGGAAACCAGUCCGUGGGCACCAAUUCCAUGAGGAAUUCCAUGGGCACCAGUUCCACAGGAAACCAGGACACGGACAAGGAGAAGGAGAAGGAGAAGGAGAAGGAGAAGGAGAAGGAGAAGGAGAAGGACAAGGACAAGGACAAGGACAAGGACAGGGACAGGGACACGGCCGCUGUCCCCUUCCGUCCCCGGGGCCUCGGUGGCCUCCCCCGGACGCGUCCCCGUCCCCGCUGGGCUUGGGACAGCGCCUAG